AUGGCAUUUAACAACUGUAAGCAGUGGAAUACAGAAUUUAAAGACAUUUACGGGAUGGAUAUAGAGUACGUAAAGAAUAGCGAAUUUGAAAAACUAAAAGACAUAGUAACAGUAUGGGAAUUGAUUAAUGGACAUAUUGGAAGGGAGUUUGAUGAAUGCGUGGAGAAGGGGUUGGCGAAGGCAAAUUUACUAUUUAAUGAAUUAGUACACAUAUCAUCAAUACUUAAGCAAUACUACAUACCAUCGAUAAAGUGUAACGCUAAAGUGGUAAAUAACAGUAACAUAAACGGUAAUAUUACUACCAAUGUGAACAAUAACGGUAAUGUUGCCAGUACUGGUAAUAACGCCGUCGUCAAUACAACAAAUAACAAUAUUAAAGAGAAUGAUUUAAACCAUAUAACUAAAACCCCUAAAUUGUUUAAAAUCAAUAGACCAUUGAGAAACAACGUAAGUAGAACAACAGUGAGUACAAGUAACAGUAGUAAAGAAGGUACAGAAGAUAAUGGAAGUAGAUGUAAAAUUAAAUACUGUAACACAUAUAAAGAAAGUAAUAUUAAAAUAACUGGCUAUGGAAACAACGAUUAUGCGUACAACGCAAGUUUAAAGUACAUAAGAAGAAACGUACCAUGCGUGAUAAUAAAAAAUUAUAUUAUUCUACAUUUAAUAAACGAAGGAUCGGUGGGAAAGGUCUAUUUGGCAAUAGACUAUAAGAAGAACGUGUACGCAGUAAAAAUAAUAACAAAAGGCGACGAUUAUCACACGUUUAACAAAAUUAAGGAUGAAUUGUUAAUAGCUAGUAAAAUGAAACACGAUAACAUAGUGGAGACAUAUUCAAUACUUGAAACAAAUUCCAAACUAUUAAUAUUUAUGGAGUACUGCGCUGGAGGAGAUUUGAUAACAUACAUAAGAAGAAAUGGAAGCAUAAGUGAACAGGUGGUAAAGAAAAUGUUCAAGAUGCUACUGAGGUCCGUAAAGUACCUACACGACCUAAACAUAUAUCACAGAGAUAUAAAGCCAGAAAACAUAUUACUGAAGCCAGUGAGUAGCGUUAGCUGCAACGGAAACAUGAGUAACAGCGGUAACAUGGUCGUAAUGAAUAACUGUAGCAAAAACGACGCAAACAGCAUCAAUGUGUGUAACAUUGGAGGUAACAUCAUCGGAAUUAACAAAAUACUGACCAACUAUGUGCUGAAGUUGGGGGACUUCGGAGCAUCAGUUAGGGCGAAAAACGACACCAGACUCUACGAAACGGUGGGAACGAUGAGCUACGCAGCACCAGAAUUGCUGGAAGGAGUGUCGGGGUACUACGGAGAAAAGGCGGACAUGUGGAGCCUAGGAGUGGUCUUGUUUGCAAUGCUGUACGGCCAGCUGCCGUACACGACGCAGGAGGAAAGCGUCGAGGGCAUACUCAAGCAAAUAAUGGGAAGGAAGUUGGCCUUCCCUAAAUAUAAAACAAGCGAAGAAGUGAAGCAUCUCAUUUCACUGAUGUUGGAGAUAAAUCCACACAAUAGAAUUGGUCUGAAACAGGUGUGUUCGCACGAAUGGGUAACGGGAAAGAGAAUGGACAUCGAUCACGUAAAGGUAGUGGACCUUAAAAAGGAAUCCAUGGAAAAGGAAAUAAACAGCACCCUGAACAUAAUAGUCGACGAAAUAAUAUAA